GUCAUCCUUGGAGCUUAAAGCAAUAACAAUAACAAGCCCAGCGACAAAGACAGCUGCAGCAGCUGUGGCCGUGUAUAUGAGAGCAGUGCGGAGCCCAGGGAACCACAGCCUGAGCACACAGCAGUAGCACCAUGUCCCACAGUGAAGGGCAGAACCUUCAGGACGAGCCCUUGCAGGCAGGUUCCUGGGUAGAGCUGCAUUUCACCAAUAACGGUAAUGGUGGCUUAACAAUGGUGGGAGGACAAGAACCGGGGCCAGCCUCGAUCUCCAUUCACAAUGGGGACAUGGAGAAGAUAUUAUUGGAUGCUCAACAUGAGUCUGGCAGGAGCAGCUCCAGAGAGAGUUCCCAUUGUGAUAGUCCACCGCGAUCUCAAACACCUCAAAGCAUUCAAAGACUGAGCGACACUGACACCCAUGGGAGUAAAGAGAAGAGCAGCUCGCAGUCAGAAGAAGAUUACAUCGAACGAAGGAAAGAAUUAGAAAACUUACUAAAGAAGAAUUCAGACUGGAUCUGGGAUUGGUCUAGCAGGCCAGAAAAUAUCCCUCCAAAGGAAUUUGUCUUCAAACAUCCAAAGCGAAGCUCUACAUUAAGUAUGAGGAACACAAGUGUCAUGAAAAAAGGUGGCAUUUUCUCAGCAGAAUUCUUAAAGGUCUUUCUUCCAUCCUUACUGCUAUCACACCUUCUUGCUAUUGGACUGGGGGUAUAUAUUGGAAGGCGUCUGACAACCUCUACAGGGACAUUUUAGACCAGAGAGACAGCAUCACAAAUGACAAGACACCAGACCAGACCACUGGUCGUACAGUAUAUCUACUUUUGUUGAUUGUUAUAACAAAAAUCUGUCCUCCAUAACAUGGGGGUACUAAUCUCUAUAACUAAGAUAUCCCAUUUCAUUCAGUGGGCAUGUGUUAAGUAGAUUUUCUUCAACUGUGAAUUGUAGUUGUUUAAGUAUUGGUCAAUAUUAUGUACACAGUUAAAAAAAAAAAAAUCCUAGUGCCUAUUCUCCAUAGUUGAUUUAUUUGGCCCAAAUGGCUACCAGAAUAUAAAUACACACUGCUGAAAAUAAAUAAAGGGAACACUUAAACAACACAUAACUCCAAGUCAAUGACACUUCUGUGAAAUCACACUGUCCACUCAGGAAGCAACACUGAUUGACAAUCAAUUUCACAUGCUGUUGUGCAAAUGGAACAGACAACAGGUGGAAAUUAUAGGCAAUUAGCAAGACACCCCGAUAAAGGAGGAGUUCUGCCUGUGGUGACCACAGACCACGUCUCAGUUCCUAUGCUUCCUGGCUGAUGUUUUGAUCACUUUUGAAUGCUGGCAGUACUUUCACUCUAGUUGUAGCAUGAGACGGAGUCUACAACCCACACAAGUGGCUCAGGUAGUGCAGCUCAUCCAGGAUAGCACAUCAAUGUGAGCUGUGGCAAGAAGGUUUGCUGUGUCUGUCAGCGUAGUUUCCAGAGCAUGGAGGCGCUACCAGGAGACAGGCCAGUACAUCAGGAGACAUGGAGGAGGCAGUAGGAGGGCAACAACUCAGAAGCAGAACCGCUACCUCCGCCUUUGUGCAAGGAGGAGCACUGCCAGAGCCCUGUUUUAGUCCAGGUCUGGGAGGACCUCCCUCAGGAGACCAUACACCAACUCAUCAGGAACAUGCCCAGACGUUGUAGGGAGGUCAUACGGGCACGUGGAGGCCACACGUCAUUUGACUUGUUUUAAGGACAUUACAUCAAAGUUGGAUCAGCCUGUAGUGUGGUUUUCCACUUUCAUUUUGAGUGUGACUCCAUAUCCAGACCU